AUGGACAGCACUCUCCCCGCCAGCUCGCCCGACGACGAAAGAGGCACUCAGCUGCUCUACAUCGCCGUUAUAUUCACCGUUAUUAGUAUUGUCUCUCUCGGUCUGCGAUGUUACACUAUGGGCGUCAUCCUCAAGAGGUUCUUCCUCGCGGACUGGGUCGCCGCCCUGACUGGCCUCAACCAAUGCGCCCUUUGUGCCUUCACCGUGCUAGGCGUGCACUACGGCCUAGGCAAACACGUGGAUGAUGUUUCGCCGGAGAACAGAAUCCAGGCGCUGAAGUGGAAGUGGGCAGCACAGGUCUCGUACGUUGUGGGGUCGACCCUCAUUAAGUUCAUUGCCGGCCUGCUUCUGUUGCGGCUCUUUACGGGCCAAAAAUGGCAGCGAAACAGCAUUAUCGUGCUCAUGGUCCUCCUCGGUCUGGUUCAGACCGCCUAUCUCUUUAUUGCCAUCUUUCAGUGCACCCCAAUCCCUUUUUACUGGUACCGAUUCACGCCCGAUUCGCCCGUCAAAGGAAAAUGCAACAGCAGGAUCCUGGCUAUCGUCCCCAGCUACAUUUCUAUACUCCUGGGUGUCUUUAGCGACUGGUAUCUGGCUCUACUACCUAUAACGCUUGUGUGGGGAAUGCAGAUGCAAAAGAAGGUUAAGAUAUCCGUCGUCGGGAUUUUGGCUGUUGGCUCCAUGGCCUCGCUCGCCAGCGUCGCACGUAUCCCUUACGCAAAGCAACUCCUCUCGAGCCCUGACUAUCUUGUUAGUUUUACGGACCUUGCCAUCUGGAGCAUCGUUGAAUGUGCCUUGGGCCUCAUGGCGACGUCGCUGGCCACGUUGCGGCCGCUGUUCGUGCGGCUCAACGUACUAGUCAGCACGCAUGUCUUGAGUACGUUCCAAUUAAGAUCGCGUGCCGCGCAAAGAAGCGCCGCUGCUAGGCUUGGCUCUUCGCAAGCGCCAUUAGAGCAUCCUACUGCUCAUUAUGAUGACGUUCCUCCAAUAUCAAAACUACAGUCAUUGAAAUCAGAGAUCUAG